CCUAUAGACACCCAUGUACGACGAUACAUCCAAACUAGAGCAAAGUCAGAGCAGGAUCACUAAGCAGACGCCAGAGUUGGAUCUGAUGUGUUCAACGUCUUUAAGAUCAUCAAGGAAUAAAGGAGUCUUGUGAAACAGUGCAGCAUGGAGAAGACAGAGGAGCUCAAGGCACAGAAACAAGAACUUGAACAAGUGGAGCCAAUCGCAGAACUUAGGGUGGUUCUUCUUGGAAGUCAAUCUGUGGGAAAGAGUGCUACCUUAAACACAAUCCUGGGAGACAAGAUCCAUGAGUCUGAGAAUAUGAUAACCAGCUCAAUGAUGCACGAGGGACAUAUGGAUCAAACCCCAAUUAAGGUUGUAGACACUCCUGGCUGGUUGAAGAACUUGAAUGUGAAAGACACCACAGAGCAUGUUAAACAGGAAAUCAUGCGGAGCGUCUUCCUGUGCCCUCCUGGGCCUCAUGUGUUCUUGUUGGUCAUUGACACAGACGCUUCCUUUACUGAACAGCAACAUGAUGCAGUGGAGAGCCAACUAGAGGACCACAUGGUCUUGUUUGGCGAGGAUGUUUGGAAAUUCACUCUGGUGUUGUUUACCUAUGGUGACCAGCUGGGGGACCAGGCCAUCAAAGAGCACAUCAUGGUGGAGCGCCCCGUCCUGCAGAAGCUGGUGGAGAGAUGUGGCAACAGGUACCACGUCCUCGAUAACAAGAGCAAGAGUGAAAGCAACCAGGUCCCCAAGCUGCUGGAGAGGAUUAAGGAGAUGGUGGCCAUUAACGAAGGCAAGCACUACAUCCCAAACAUGACUGAGUUCAGCCAGAGGGUAGAGAGAGAAAUUAGUGUCUGUCUGGAGGAAAAAUGGAAGAAACGAGAGGCAGAGAUAUAUGAUGAGUUCAAAGAUUACCUGUCCAAGCUGAUGAUGGAUCUGAGAGGACAAGAAGGAUCUGGACCUGAAACAUCUGACACAAGCCUCCAACCCAAACCUGCAAAACAAGAUGCUUGGUGGAAACCCAAGGUUUUCUUCUCACUUAUCAACCAGAGCAAGAGGACUGAGAAGGUUGAGAAGAAGAUCUGUGAGAAACUAAAGAGCAUGGAGGCAGACCUGAAAUCCAACAUCCCAGAUUCCAAGAUGAGGAACAGUUUUGACUAUAUAGGGCCAAGCAUGAGUGACAGGGCACCCAAGGAAAAGUUUGAUGAGGUGUUGGCCUGGAUGUCCACAAUGAAGAUUGAAAAUGAAGAUCCCCCUACCUUCAACUACUCACAGGCCACGUCAGGAUACCAAUCCAACAUCUCAGAUGUAUUCUCAAGAGGUGAGAUUGAAGAGUUCAAAGAUUACUUGUCUAGACUGCUGAGGGAUCUGGAAGAAGUAGAAGUACCUGGACUUGACACAUCUGACAUGAGCCUCCAACCCGAACCUGCAAAACAAGGUCUUCGGCGUAAAGUCAGGAGUGAGAAAAUUGAAGAGAUGAAGAAGAAUAUCAUUGAGAAAAUAGACAGCCUAGAGACAGAGCUGCAGAAUGUUUCUGAUUCCAAUUGAAUGCCAGUUUGGAGUUACUAUUCCUGAGGAGUAAGUCCUAGACUGAUAAUACAACUUCCAUCACUGCUGUUAUUGUUUUCCUCAACGUUGACAUCACCUUCCAUUGUUAUGGAGUUAUCUCUCUCCAUCUGUUCCAGUUUGUUUUCCAGUGAUGCAUUCCCAUAAUUCAACACUUUCUGGGUAAUAACAUCUGGGUUACUCAUGAGAAGUUCUUUAGCCCUCUUGUUGGCUCUGUCCACGUGUAUCUUCAGCAGCUCACUAAUGAGACGCUUCUGGAGUGCCUGCUUGACCUCCUUUUUGCUUUUCAUUUCAUUCCUUGAACUGUCCUCAUCAAGGUGGACACCCAAAUUGAACAAUUCUAGAUUCAACUCCCACAGUUUGUAUUUCUUGACCUUUUUCUUAAUGGCAGCUGAACCAUCAUCCCUCUUCUGCCGUGCUGCUAGGCAGCAGGUCAGAAACCAGAACAUCCACAUUAUAUCAGGCUACCACAAAAUCAACAAUCAACCAACUUCUAGGACAACUUAAGAAAGAGUGACCAAGAAUUGCAGUUUUGCAGAGUUGUUGUCUUAUGUUCUAUGACAUAAUAAUGUUGCUAAGCUACCUCUGUGACAGAAAGAAUAAUUUGAUGCUAAUAGUGGAAUUUGAGAACAUUCCAUAGAAUGAUGUAUUUAUCUGGUAAUCUGACUCUUGAUGAUAUUCACAUGUUAAGGUUAUGGUUAUGAGAUUUUUUGGCCUGCCAGCUUGUAUUAAGAUCGUUACAACUGAUUCAGAAUGCUACAGCACGCCUGGUAUUCAGUCAGCCAAACUCCUCUCCUAGUUACUCUCCUCUGGCUCCCUAAAGUGGCCAGAAUUAAAUUUUAAUAUCUUGCUUUAGCAUAUAGAACACUGGAUCUUUAAAUUGUUCACUGUUAAAUGUAACUAUUAUUUUUAUUUGUAUGUCGCUUUGGACAAAAGUGAGUGGCAAAUCCAUUAACCAUAACCAAAGAGGGGGACCUAUUGGAAAUGUUUUUUUCUCUGCCAUAUUUAACAAUAAUCCUAAAGCCAUAUAUAAUAACAUAGUAUGUGUUUAUAUGAUUUAAAAUUAUUUAAAAUACCCCAAUAAUAAUCAUAUGACCACAUUUGAUGGACCAUUACUGUGCCAUACAUCAAGUUAUGAAGUUGAUCAUAUUGUAGCAAACAUCAAAAAAUCUUGCGCGGGUGGCGCUGUGGCGCAACAGGCUAAAGCGCCCGUACCACCUGUUGGUUCAAGUGCCCAUGGGAACCUGGGUUCGACCCCGUCCCACGUCAUUUCACUAUCCCACCCCAUCCCUCUCUCCCACUUGUGUCCUGUCAGCCUCUCCACUGUCCGGUCAAUAAAGCCAAAAACUUAAAAAAAAAAAUAUUAUAAUGUUUUGGCUAGCAAAUCACAGAUGAGCUGGUUAUGGGCUAGGAUGAUGCGGCCCCUGGGGACCAAACGGACAUUUACCAUAAAAGUCUAUUGGGGCUACAUGCCCACCAAGUUUUAUGCUCCCCGGAGUUUUGGUAGCCCAUUUGGCUACAACAACUUGUAACUGAUAUCUCACAAGUGUCAUGGUGUUGUUGCUAUAAACUACUUAUGACUUACAGAGAGGGAAUUUAAUGUAUGUACACAUACUCAAUUGUACUCUUAUAAACAAAUAUUUAAACCUGGUAUUUUAUUUUUCCUCAUAAUCAAGCAUAUCUUCAUUCCAGUCAACUGGUUUGGUUGAAUGUUUUGGGUAUGUUCUGUUGGGUGUUUUAGGUGGGUUCUAUUUUUUUUUGGAAAGUUAACAAAUUCCACAGUUCAUUUUUCCCCUUAUUUUAUACCAACAAAAUAACUGUAAAAUUGUUUUUUUUUUUAUCACAGUGUAUACAUAAGAUGCAAUAUGUUGUGCUAAUACAAUAACCAUUAUGUUCUGCCUUUGCACAUUGGAAUGACCUUCCAUUUUAUUUUCCAUUCUGUUGCUUAUUAAAUAAAAACACAACUUCUCCAUUGA